AUGCUCCCGCAGCGACAGAACUCGGGCAAGCGCGCGACGGCCAGCCACCGCCGCACCCGCGGCUUCACGGCGCGCACCACCGCGUUCGUGGCGCUGGGUCUGGUCUUCGCGCUGUACAUGUACUUCAACCUGCGCUUCUUUGCGACGUCCACGGCCUCCACCAACUCCAUCGAGGCGGCCGGCAAGGGCUGGCGCUCGUUCAAUGGCGCGCCCGACAAGCCCAGCGGCGCGGGCGGCGAUACGCUCGUGGACGCCUCCGCCACGCGCCAGGUCAAGCACCUGGUGUUCACGUCCACGUGCCGCGACCUGGACUUCGUGCACGCCGAGGUGCUGGCCUUCACGUUGCGGCGCACCGGAUACGACGGCAACGUCACGCACCUGCUGUACGGGUGCACAUCGGAGCAGGCUGCGGACAUGAAGCGUCGGAAAGACCCGCGCCACCGCGUGGAGACCAGGCACUACGCGGACGUGUCCGCGGUCAACACGACGUUCGGCGAGAAGCUGCUCACCACGACGCUGAACCCGGUGGUGCUGGCCAAGUGGAUGCUGGGGUCGGACGACGGCGAGUUCGGCGACAACCGCGCCGUGCCGUUCGAGGAGCGCUACGCUCUGGCGGCUGACGACUUCGUCAUGGCCGUGGACAGCGACGCCAUCUUCACCAAGAAGCUGGACAUGUGGAACCUCAUGGCCGAAGCGAACGAUGUGAUCGACCCCCGCAUCUUUGGCCAAGACGCAUCGUGGUACUGGCCCAAGCGGUUCCCGCUCACGCACGAACAGCUCGUGAAUAUCGUGCCGACGAACUCACGCGCACUGCUGCUGGACGACUGGCGCGAAUACGCUGCCAUUGCGCCGUUUGUGGCUGAAGUGAGCGCGUGGCUGGAAAUCCUGCCUACUGCGGUGGACCUGUGGGGGAAGCUGGCUCACGAGCAACGCUAUCUCGCUGUUCCUAUUGCUGCUGCACACGAGAAGACACUCAUCGGCGUGUCCGGUGUGCUGAGUGUGCACCACUACCCGUCGCGCUACCAGAACUGGGACUUCGUGGACGAUAUCAAGCACAACCCAUGCGUGGAGCGGGCGGAAGGCAAGAACCUGGCGCUGUCGUCUUACCCGAUUUCAAUCCGCGCGCUCAACUUCACGCUGCCGCAGUGGAUCGACGGCCGCGACUGGAGUUUCUUUGCCGACCAGGUGCCGUCAGAUUUCCUUUCGUGCGAUGCCUGGAUGAUUCACCAGCCGACUGGCUACCUGUGGCACCUCGCGACACACACGAACGGAUAUGAGCGCGUCCCCAACAUUCUUCGUCGUCGCCACACCAUGAGCGUCUGCCUCGCAGUGGAGGCAUACAACAGCGCGUCUGAGAGCUACCGCAGCCGUGUGUGCCCCACUGGGUUUAACCACAACCGGCGCAUUCCCAUGGAGUUCCACAAGAAGGCGUGGAGCACUGCUGUCGCGCUUGCAGACGGCACCACCAUGGAGGAGGAGCCGCCCGUAUACUUUGGUGACUACAAGAGGAAGAAAGGCCCCAAUGCCGUCCCCGAAAGUGACCUGAAG